AUGAUCCUUCACAGGCAGUCUUCUCAGAAACCUCCGGACGAGCUGUUCGAACGCUUCAGGCAAUCCUUCCCCGACGUCAUCACUACCUCGGCGCCGAACGGUCAAUCCCAAACUGCCUCGGAGCCCGCUGUGGCUGGAGGUUCCACCUUUCAACCAAGGCAAGUGGCCGAAUUUCCUGGCCAUGAAGACCUCGACCCUACCCCGAGAGGCGCUCCGGCAGAACCGUUCCGAUUCACGCCUUCCCUAACACCGUCUGUCUUUAUGGACCCGACAUCGGCGGCCUUUGCUGCGUUUGCGAACCAGCCACCAGGACUGUUCACACCGACGCCCGGCGUGAAUGGGAGCUCCACGUACGGAACCGGCAACCCCAUGGCUGGUGUCGCGGUCACCACCCACGGACUGGAAACGCCGAGUAUUGGAAUCAGCAUUGGAACACCUCUGUCACUGUCGAACGGUACAACAUUGCCGCCCUCCUCCACCGGCUUCGUUCCUCCGACGAUACAGCCCCACCAGUUUCAAAACUACCAGCCAUUCGCGCAACCCAUGCACAAUGGGUAUCUGAAUCCAUCCCAGUACGAACAGCGCCCACCCUCGGGGCCCGGGAGUCCGAUGGACAUCACCGGCGGCGGCGAUAUGAUGUCAGAUGCGAUGGUAUUGAACGAUUCGCUGAACGGAUCGAUGAACGGAACCCCCACCCUGGUUCCACCCAUGCCCCUGGACGAAAAACAAUUCCGCUUUCAUGUGGUCCUGAACGCACCCACCGCGAUGAUCAAGCACUAUGACGAGAUCCCCGUGACCUAUCUCAACAAGGGCCAAGCCUAUGCCAUAUCGAUAGUCGACACCCAACCCCCACCGCCGAGUGCGACGUCCCUCAGAUAUCGCACCUUCAUCCGUAUAUCUUUCCACGACGAGACUCAACGCGGUCGACCCGCAGGUUGUUGGCAGCUGUGGAAGGAAGGCCGGGGGACGAGCGAAGCGCACCAGAGAGGUGGUAAGCUGCAGGCCGUCGAGUACGUCGAGAACCAGACGAACGGAGAUGAUGACAAAAAGAAGAAGGCGAAGGUCACCCUGGAAGGCUCGUCGUUCGAUGGGUUUUCCGUGUCGUGGUCGCCCACCAUGUCGGGUGCUGCCGAGACUUCCGUGUCCGUGCGCUUCAACUUCCUAUCGACCGACUUCAGUCACUCCAAGGGCGUUAAGGGCAUUCCGGUGCGACUCUGUGCGAAGACGGAACUCAUCUCGAAUGGAUCGCCGGGUUCCCCGCCCGACUCGGAGCCGGAGAUCAGCUACUGCAAGGUUAAGCUCUUCCGAGACCACGGUGCCGAGCGUAAACUCUCGAACGACAUCAUGCACGUCAAGAAGACGAUCGAGAAGCUGAAGCAACAGGCUAGUCAGACGGAAGGAACCGGAAUGAAGCUCUUUGGGAAAAAGGCGAAGAAGGAGGAGGAUAUGGGGAAGCCGGGCAAAGUGCAAAAGCACAAGCGGACAUGGUCGAUGUCGUCGGCCAGCUCGGUCGCUGGGGUCAAGUCGCAGGAGGAAGAUACUAACUCCAAGCUGCAAGCCAUGCAGGAUAUGUUUUCCAGCACCAGGCCCGUCAGCGUGUUGUAUCUCCGCGGGGAGGAAGGCGAUGACCCGGACUUGUUUCCCGUCCGCCUGCCAGGAGAGCCCGACGGGGAUGAUUCGUGGGCAGCUCACAGGAGGGCCAGUGUGGCGACGACCAACACCACUACGUCAUCGUUCGUUUCUCCGACUCCCAGCUCGGCGUCACUGUCGAGUAGGCGGGGAGACAGCUUCAGCCCUGACAAGGACUGGCAGAGGGGCGGAUUCGGUACCCUACCAUCCAUCAAUCAGUCGGAUGUGCCCAUGAGGGUCAAGACCAACCACGAGGAUGGUAUCCUCUCCGGAUGGAUCGAGGCCAUCGGAAUUGACACAUCCUACAAGCCACCAGCCGAGAAACUUCCCAAGGCGGUCAUGUGUGUGUACAUUCUCCCCAUCUUCCCUGAUCAAUCCGAGAAGGAGGUGUAUCAUCGUGCUGUCUACCUGGAGAGCCGGGCUGCGUCGUGCCUCUCUUCCAACAUCGCCACCAAAUGCGGUAUCGAUCCUACGACGAUCUUUAGGACCAUCCACCUCAAUUCCAGGGGUCUGUCGGUCUUUGUCGACGACGACUUCGUUUCGCAGAUGAACGAAGGACAGGACAUGAAGAUUCAGUUGCAGGAGAUUACCGAGGACUCGUCGUUCCCGAGCGAAUGGCCCAACACCAACGGCAACCACGCCGAUGGAAGUACCGGAAAGAAGUGGGAACUUCGACUCAUCUACUAG